AUGAGUGGUGAUAACCAUGUUCCAGUGCCGAGGUGUGAGCGAUGCAAGCAACGUAAAUCAAGAUGCAAUCGUCAAUACCCUUCAUGCCAACGGUGCGAAGCGGAAAAUGUACAAUGCGAGUAUUCUAGUCGGCGAAAACCAGGCUUUCCAGCCGGCUACCGCCAGAUUCUAGAGGCCAAAAUUAGUAGACUAGAGACGGAGGUCAAGACGCUGCGUGAGGCUAAUGAUGCAGGUGCGACUCAACAUCGACCUGCUCUUGUCGGCUCUGGUUUGAACGUCGAUGUCCAAGAUCCGUCUUCGCCGGCCAUGAAUCCAUACUGCAGUGACUCUCGCUCGCUCAUCGAACAACCGCCACCGGCGACCUCAACAAUGACCAGGCAGAUUUCGGAACAGAAACCACCCGCAGAUCUUGUGGUGUCCUUGAUCUCCCUGUUCUUUCGACACAUCUACCCAUGGCUGCCAUUCCUUGACACCCAGCAUGUAUUUUCCGAGAUGGGAGCGAUGGAUGAGCCCUCUCUUCUUUACUACGCGCUCUUCGGCGUCUCCUUGCCAUACUCGUUUGACUCCCGGUUAGACCAGGCUUCCAGCGAUUCAUUCUGGAAAUACACGAAGCGGCGCAUUUUUAUCGAGAUCAUGGAAGAGCCCUCGUGUACCUCGCUCGAGGCUCUGACUCUCCUGACGCUUGACUUGUCUGGCAUGACCAAUGGGCCGCAGGUAUGGGGAACACUUGCUGUGGCCACCAAGCUUGCGGCACAGCUAAAGACCGUGCAUGGACAUGUCUUAAGAUUAUCAGCGGAAGAUCGCCCGAAUAACGCAUCUAUCGAGGCAGACGAAAUGCGUCGACGGAGGCUUUUCUGGGCAAUAUACGCACUAGACUGCUACAUUUCCAUCACAACCAGCUAUCCCUCGACAUUGACAGAGCUUAGCAUUCAGCACUUUCUCCCCACCCAAAAAGCUACGUGGGGUGAAUAUGGUUAUACCCCAAACAUGGAUUCCAACCAGAGCGAAUCGAGUCAGACUAGGGGUCUGGACACCAUUCCCUUGAAUCCCAUGUCCGUCUUCGGUUAUCAGCUCGAAUUACUAGAUAUCUCGAGGCGAUUGCACAGACUCUACAUUGACUACAUCACGCUCUCUGAGAAUGAUGACCAUUCGCCCCGGUGGCUUGAGCGCUUCGGAAGAUGUGAAGGCGACAUUUCAGUAUGGUUUCACACCAUACCACGAUGCCUUCUCAUCAAGAUAUCCAAUCAGCCCCCAGUUAUCACUUCUCACAUUCUGCCCUCGGUUGUCCUACUUAACGUAUAUUACCACGGCUUAACGAUCUAUCUGCAUGGUCUGACCGCAUAUGCAUCGCAACAGAUCCUUCAACUCGAACACUCGGAUAUCCGCACAAACAGCCAAGAUAUUUGCAUGAGGAGCGUGGACGCUCUAGUUUAUAUCUGCUCCACAUUUAUAGACAAGGUUGACAAUAAGAUCGGCUGGCCGUUCACCUGGUCGAUCUGGGUGGCCGCCCGAUGCCUCCUGGCCUCCGAGUACAAUGGCUGUGGCCAAACUGCACCACACUUUGACACUUUGCUCGAAUAUCUCAGGAAGAUGGGAAAGUACUGGCAGAUUAGCAGAAAAUACUUGCGUCUGCUCUGCCAGGCAGAAGCUGAACUCAAGAAUGGUCGAUCAUCCGGUGACACUACUAGCUCGCCAGGGCUUCUCCCCUUCAUCGUGGAUAUGCGAAUUGCAACGUGUGACCUGGAAGACCGGUUUCGUGUCGACCCUCUCUUAUCACAGGCUGCUCCCCCUGGAGGACAAACUACGCCGUUUUACGGAGAUCCGUCCCUCUUCGAAUGGCGUCCCGGAGAGACAAAUUUGGAUACCAUUCUCCCAGCGGAGACUUGCUUCGGUCUCCAGGGUCAACCAUCGGAUAACUGGUUUACGAUGCCGCUCGUUGCAUCUUCAGCAUAUGAGCAGUUUCCGUCAUCUUCUUUUUGUAAUAGUAGUACGACCGAGAAAUGA